GAGAGAGAGUGUGGGGGGAAAGGAAGGGGGAAGAAAAAAGGAAGCGGUGCCAGGCUGCAGGCGAGCGAGGAGCAGCCGCCCAGGCGCAGAGGCAAGGUGCCGCCGCUGCCCGGCUGGCGAGGGCGGAGAGGCGCCCGCGAAGCCCCGGCCGCAGCGGCCCCAGCCCGGCAGCGCGGCGGCUCCCUCCCGGCGCCUUGGGCUCCCGGGUAUAUGUGUGCGCCUGGCCAUGUCGUAUCCUCAGGGUUACUUGUACCAGCCGUCAGCUUCCUUGGCUCUCUACUCCUGCCCGGCGUACAGCACCAGCGUGAUUUCCGGACCCAGGACCGAUGAACUUGGGAGAUCUUCUUCGGGCUCCGCUUUUUCCCCUUAUGCCGGAUCUACCGCCUUUACUGCCCCUUCCCCGGGUUACAACUCCCACCUCCAGUACGGCACCGACCCGGCCGCCGCCGCCGCCGCCGCCUUCUCUUCCUACGUGGGCUCGCCCUACGACCACACGCCGGGCAUGGCCGGCUCCCUGGGCUACCACCCGUACGCGGCGCCGCUGGGCUCCUACCCCUACGGCGACCCCGCGUACCGCAAGAACGCCACGCGGGACGCCACGGCCACCCUCAAGGCCUGGCUCAACGAGCACCGCAAAAACCCCUACCCCACCAAGGGCGAGAAGAUCAUGCUGGCCAUCAUCACCAAAAUGACCCUCACCCAGGUCUCCACCUGGUUCGCCAACGCCCGCCGGCGGCUCAAAAAGGAGAAUAAAAUGACCUGGACGCCCCGCAACCGCAGCGAGGACGAGGAGGAAGAGGAGAACAUCGACCUGGAGAAAAACGACGAGGACGAGCCCCAGAAACUGGAGGAGAAAGGGGACCCCGGCACGCCGGACACAGGAGCGGCGGAGCCCAAGGCAGCGGCGGGCUGCGAGCGCCUGCGGGAGACCCCCAGCCCCAAGGAGGCCGAGGGCGGCCUGAGCGACUCGGAUUGCAAGGAGGCGGCGGAGGAGCGGCUCGACGGGCUGGCCGCCCCCGCCAAGGCGCCCGGCUCCUCGCCGCUGGGGCCGUGCCCGGCGGCGCGGGGGCUGCAGCCGGCGGCCGGCGGCGAGGAGCCGCCGCACUACCGCCCGCCCUCGGCGGCCGCCGCGCCGCCGCACGCCGCCGACCUGCACCCGCUGCUGCCCGCCGGCGCCUCGGUGAUCCACUCCCCGCAGCAGGCGGCCCUGGCCAAGCCCAAGCUCUGGUCGCUGGCCGAGAUCGCCACCUCCGCGGACAAGUGCAAGGAGCCCGGCGGCGGCGAGGCGGCGGCGGCGGCGGCCCCCGGCCCCGCGGCGCUGGGCGGCGGCGGCCCGUCGCGCUCGCCGCCGCGGCCGCGCUCGCCGCCGGCGCAGUGCCCCUUCCCCAACGGCGCGGUCCUGCCGCGGCCGCUCUACUACACGGCGCCCUUCUACCCCGGCUACACGAACUACGGCUCCUUCGGGGCCCUGCACGGCCCCGCCGGCGCGCCCGCCGCCCCCGCCGCCCCCUUCAAUGGAUUAAACCAGACUGUCCUCGGCAGAGCCGACACCUUGGCCAAGGAGGCGAAAAUGAUCCGCAGCCAGUCCCAAGUGGACCUGUGCAAAGACUCACCUUACGAACUGAAGAAAGGUAUGUCCAACAUUUAAUAUCGGCUUCUUCUCCUUACCCCUCCUGGGACUGCGGUUUGGUUCUUUUUUUUUUUUUUUUUUUCCUUUUUUUAAUUUAUUGAAAGGAGUAAUAAAUUGCUUUGGCAGUUAUUUUUCCACUACCAAAAGAAAAACAAAACAAACAGAAAAAGACCAGCUUCCCCCCCCCCCGCCUGCCCCCAACACUCUGCUCAAAAGUUUAUAGUCUAUUGGAAAUGGCUGGGUGGAAACCGCUCAGAAAUGUCUUAACCGAGUGAAAAGCAAACGAGUGACACGCUCUCUCUCACACACACACAAAGGAGAAAGAUUUGUAUUAAAUCUUAUUCUGUAUAUUUAAUGUAGCUUUUUGUAUUUAAAUUGAUAAUACAGUAUCUUUGAAGUAAAUUAUGAAAUCAAGACACCUGUACAGGCAUUAAUGUUGUUUUCGUAAUAUAAAUAUAUACAUUUCUGUGUCUUUUUUCCG